UAUUUGAUUUAUAACAUUUUGGCAACUUACAUUUUUUAUUUUCAUACCUUUUUCUGUUUCUAUUUUGUGGGACAAAAUGUCUCUUUUUAAACUCUAUUUUUUUAAAUGCCAAGAGGCAUUAAAACUGUGAUUAAAAACAGGGUUAUUCCGCUAAAUAUUGAUUUCUGAACUCUAUUGAAACUUUAUGAAUAUGAACUUGAUUUCUUUGCAUUAUUUGAGGUAUGAAAGCUCUGCAUAUUUUUUGUAAUUUUAGCCAUUUCUCAUUUUCUGCAAAUAAAUGCUCUAAAUGACAAUAUUUGUAUUUGGAAUUUUGGGAAAAUGUUGUCCGCAGUUUCUAGAAUAAAACAACAAUGUUCAUUUUACUCAAACAUAUACCUAUGAAUAGCAAAACUGAUAGAGAAACUGAUUCAGAUACUGAAGUGGUCUCAUUUUUUUCCAGAGCUGUAGACCUCCAGAGUGACUUCCAGGCGCAUGUACUGCUGCUCUAGAGCUAGUCAGUCCAGUGGCAAUACUUUUUAUUAAGAUUAUUAAGAUUGUAGGUAUAAAUUGAGUGUGUGUGUCACAGGAUUGCACACAAUGUCUGGAUAGUUUUGGACAGAUACAGUAAGUUCUGUGUGUACAGUAACAGGUAACUCCCACUUUUCUCUCCAGCAACAUACAGGCGGGGUUCAUGGAGUCCAGUCCUAAAAAAGUGAAAGAGCUGAAACCUGACACUCCCCCUUCCAACUUACUCCACGCUUAACUUUCUGUCCCUCAGCACUUGACAAGCACGAUGUUCUUUUGAGGAGCAGCAGCCUGGAGAGAGCGGUCUGUCACGUUUCGAGCAGUUAUACCCAAACAUCACUGACUGGACUGGAGCACCAGCCGCCUGCGCGCUGUAGGACUCGGACUCGGGACUCAGCCUUGAGGUAGUGUACCGGUGCAAACUGAGACGUCAGACCAGACAAGACUGGACUAUAUCAGACCAGAUUGGACCAGACCAGACCAGCCAUGGUUUUGCAGAAGCUCUUGGGGUUUGGGAAGCAGCUGUUGCGUGUGAAAGUGGUGGACUGCAGCUCUGAGGACUCACGUCUCUCCCGCUGUCUGAACACCUUUGACCUGGUGGCUCUCGGGGUGGGCAGCACUCUAGGGGCCGGUGUGUACGUGCUGGCUGGAGCGGUGGCUCGACAGAAUGCAGGUCCUGCCAUAGUGCUGUCUUUCCUCAUUGCCGCCCUGGCCUCGGUACUGGCUGGCCUGUGCUACGCCGAGUUUGGGGCGCGCGUUCCCAAAACAGGUUCAGCAUACCUCUACAGCUACGUGACUGUGGGAGAGCUGUGGGCCUUCAUCACUGGCUGGAAUCUCAUCUUGUCCUAUGUAAUUGGCACCUCCAGCGUGGCCCGAGCUUGGAGCGCCACUUUCGACGAGCUGAUUGGGAAACAUAUUGAGCAGUUCUGUCGCCAGUACAUGAGCAUGAAUGCCCCGGGGGUUUUGGCUGAGUAUCCAGACAUGUUUGCUGUGGCCAUCAUUCUGUGUCUCACAGGUUUGCUGGCCUUUGGGGUAAAGGAGUCGGCCAUGGUCAAUAAGGUGUUCACCUGCAUUAACGUCUUGGUGCUGCUGUUCAUGGUGGUGUCGGGCUUGGUGAAAGGCACGCUGAAGAACUGGCAGCUGAACCCUGAGGAUAUCCUGAAUGGAGGCAACUCCUCAGUCUUCAAUACAACAGAACCUGAGGUGUUAGAAGAGAGUUUAGGUGUGGGUGGGUUUAUGCCGUUUGGCUUCACUGGAGUCCUGUCUGGGGCUGCAACCUGCUUCUACGCUUUCGUAGGGUUUGACUGCAUUGCCACUACAGGUGAGGAGGUGAAGAAUCCGCAGAGGGCCAUCCCCAUCGGCAUCGUCUCCUCUCUCCUCAUCUGCUUCGUGGCCUACUUUGGCGUGUCGGCGGCUCUGACUAUGAUGAUGCCGUAUUAUAUGCUGGACAAGAACAGCCCUCUUCCUGCGGCCUUUAAGUAUGUGGGCUGGGAGGGAGCCACUUAUGCGGUGGCUGUGGGUUCUCUGUGUGCUCUCUCCACCAGCCUGAUUGGCGCCAUGUUCCCAAUGCCACGGGUCUUGUGGGCGAUGGCUAGCGACGGGCUGCUCUUCAAAUACAUGGCUGAAAUAGACCCGAAAACAAAAACCCCCUUUCCUGCUACUCUAACAUCUGGCCUUAUGGCAGCCAUCAUGGCCUUCCUAUUCGACCUGAAGGAUCUAGUUGAUCUCAUGUCUAUCGGCACUCUCCUGGCGUACACUCUGGUGGCUGCCUGCGUGCUGGUGCUCAGGUAUCAGCCAGAGCAUCCCGCUCCUGUGUACCACAUGGCGAACACACAUGAAGAGAUGGAGAUGAGUGAAUCAUUCAGCAACACGAGUAUGGGCAUUCUGCCCGGCGUGGAGGAACGCUUCAGCUUUAAAACCCUGUUAUUUCCUGACAACACGGAGCCAUCCAGCCUCUCCGGCUCUGCUGUCAACGUCUGUGCCAGCCUGCUAGGCUGCUUAAUCCUGGUGUUCAGCAUCUUGGCUGUUCAGGGGGGCUUGGCCAUCUGGAGUGUAGCUGCUCUCAGUGUGAUAGCUAUUGUUUGUCUCAUACUUACAUUCAUCAUCUGGAGACAGCCGGAGAGUAAAUGCAAACUUUCCUUUAAGGUGCCUCUGUUGCCCUUCAUCCCUGUGAUUAGCAUGUUUGUGAAUGUGUAUCUGAUGAUGCAGUUGGACAGAGGGACGUGGAUACGCUUCGCUGUGUGGAUGUCUAUCGGCUUGGUUAUAUAUUUUUGCUACGGUAUAUGGCACAGCUCGGAAGGUGCUCUGGUUCGCUCUAGUCCUGAUGAAGAACUAGAUUCAUGCAAACCCACCUGCGCCCACAACGGGGACGCCAUGUCACAUGAAAAGGAGGCUUUCCUCUGCAAUGGACUAGACAAUGCAGUUGAUGAGGACGGAGAGCUCUGAGGGACUGAGGGCACCAGACGAACCUCUGUGCUGUCUGCCCCACCUUCUGGCUAAAGCCUGGCGCUGGAGGGCACCGAAAAGCACAGACUAUCAACAGGCUGAGUGUGGGGAGGAUACAGUGCUACAGUUCAUUAGCAUGUCACUUUCUUAUAAGGAAGUCGUGUUUGUGGCUCUAAAUUAGAGCUGGCACGAGGCCACUAUCUCUUUUCCAAUAUCGAUACAAGGAAACCUUGAGUAUCGUCUGAAGCCAACAUUGCUCCGAUAUUUGUUUUUCUUAAAAUUAUAGACUAUUAGAUUUUUUAAGACUGAAAGUAAAUCCAAUUUGCUUCCCAGCAAUCAGAUCUGUUGAGAUGACUGUCCACACUGUGAUUUUACAGAUGAUCAGAUCAGGUUUGCAUGUCCAGGCAUGAUUGGACUUCAAUCACUCUGUGACACAAAAGUGAAGCAAAAAGUGACACAUUAAAAUCUGAUUUGAGCAGCCAGGUGCAUCUGUACAAAUCUGAUUGUAAUAGCAUUACAAACCACUUCCAAAUGUAGUUUGGAUCUGAUUCGCCGAAAAAAGCAUGUCAUAUGGUUAAAAAUCAGUCUGGAUACAAUCUAGAUAUGCAAAAUAUUGGAUUCCAUGAGGUUUCUGACUGUCCAGACUAUCAAAAAUCAAUCUGGAUACAAUCUAGAUGUGCAGAAAUAUUGGAUUUCAUUUGAUUUCUGAUUAUUCAGAUUAUCAAAAAUCAAACUGGAUCAAUAUAGGACUUAGGCUGUCAGCCUGAACAUAGCCCUAGUCAAAGCACUUCACCUAAGGGUAGGGAUAUACUUGCUGUUAACUACGCGGCUGCGUUUUCAUGAUGUUUGCCUUGAUGUCCUGCGUUUGGUUGUGCAUGUCCUUUAGAAAUUAUUAAGGUGCAGUGCACAAAAAAAAAACACUAGGGGCAGUGCAGCACUCAGCAGCAUUAAACUGAUGAAAAGUUUUGAGGAGCAGCUGUAUGAUGUGUCCUUGUUGCUGUGGCAAUGUGUACAUUAAAUUGAAAUAGACCUGUGGCUGCUACGUCUGCACGCGAUAGGAAAUGCCCGAGAAACAGAGUAAGGGUGGAGCUGAUUGGUGUUUUGUCCAGCAGUCAUCAGACGCCUCACCUGCCCUCUAGUGGAAAUCUCCAGUAACAUGCAUUCACAAGGCAGCCGGAUCAUCAGCAAGUAUACCUUUAGCCUAAAAUCACUAUCUUAAAGUGUACAGUGUUUCCACACAGUGUGAAUUAAGUAUGUCCUUAGAACCAACUUUACAGCAACUUGUUUAUAUGUUGACAUUGGGCCAUAUGGCAUUACUACUAUCAUGUGAUCCUAUAUUUUCAAAACUGAGCAAUUCUGUGAUAUUCCAGAUUUUGAUUUUCUAAAGCAUCAGAUGAGGUAAAUCGCCCAAUAUUGAUUAUGGCUAUGCGGUUUUGCCCUUGACAUUCUGACUGCUCAGGAACUCCUUCCCAGUUUAAACUCCAAGAAACCAAAGUAGACAAAGAGUGUCCAGUCUGAGGAAGUCUUGGGCAUAUUUUGAUGAUCAACUGCUGUUUAUUUUUGCGUGCAAGUCUGGUUUUAGACAGAGAUCAUUUGUGUUGCUUGAUUGCUGCUUUCGUCAUCAGGACUGAAGAUAUUACAGUCAGCAUAGCUGUACCACAACCAUGGAUGUUCGACCUUUUUUAAAGCCGUCUGUUUAACAGAUCAUUGUGUUUAAAUUCACACCAUGGCUGACUCACUGUUAAAAAAAAGUAUAUGAUCCAGUUUUUUACACAAUAGCUGCAUUUUAAAGCCUAGGAUGUAGCCUGUGUGGGCUGCGAUUCUCAGAUGCUGUCAUAGAAAACUGGUCUAAAGUGAAGGAUCCUCAUAUACAGCCAAGAAAUGCAGGACCUAACUUUGUAUCCUUCCAGGCGCUUGGGUUAUCCAUAGUUCUCUGGGCAGGCACUACAUGUUAUUAAAUGUUUAGAUUGAUUUCAUUUCUGUGGCACAAUGCAAAAGGCUCGACUUUUGUUCUACAAAUUACAGCACAGGUGGGACCUUUAUGGUGACAUCACAAAUUAACCUCGUUAGACUGUUCCAUUUGUGAAACCAAUAGGCCACUAAAAAGGAUUCUUCAUACAACAGUCUUAUUGAGAGGGUCUGUCCUACUUUAACAGCAGUCUAGGCUUUGAAACACAGCUAUCGUGCUCAGAAUGCAUCUGACCAAUACUCCCAUCUGGAGGAUCAAUACAGAAACAACAAACUGAAUGUUUUUUUGUUUUUUUUUUGCUUUUCUACCAAAUUAGGUGUACAGAUAAUUCUUUGAGCAAUGCCAUAGAAUAAUUAUUGUUGGUUCCAUAAAAAAACUGUUCUGUAAUAGAGAUGUUUGUGUGAAAUCCUUUAGAAAUGGAUAAAGAACAUUUACCGUAUUUUUCGCACUAUAAGGAGCACUUAAAAUCCUUUAAUUUUCCCAAAAAUUGAAAGUGCACCUAAUGUAUGAAUUCUGGCAGUCAGUUUGUAAGGAGCUGUAAAGCCACUCGCUGAGACUGGAACAGUAUUAGCAUUAGCCACUAACCACAGCGUUAGCUCUUUCAACGUACAGAGGUGAGUAUAUCAGACUGUACACUGCGUGUUUACCCUAUUAAAACAAGCUGCGUGGGAUUAACCGCUAGCUGAUAGCGCCCUGUCUUACCGGAACACACAGGGUUCCUCAGUGUAGAGCUGUUGGGUAGCAUUUAUUAGCGCUAAGCGCUGCUAACCACGAAUAGCACUGCUGCUAACUGCGCUGUUCAAAGUCCAUUAGAAAUCCAAGCUUAUUGUAAAUAAACGGAAGAGCUUUACUCAACCAAAUAAACAGUUUUUUAGGAGAGAAACCUGUGUUGAUUAACAUCCAGCGCUCGUUUGACUUUAAAAGAAAAUGUUUUUUCUUUAAGAGUUACAGUUUUGUUUACUUAGGCGUUUCCCCCAGUUUCCCUAUUAGAAGGGAAACAAGGCGUAAGCCCUGUUCCUUACUAUUGUCGUUUAAAAUGAACCUUAUAAUUGAAUGUGCCUUAUGUAUGAAAAUAGACCAUGAAAUAAACGAUAAUUGAUAGUGCGCCUAAUAAUACGGUGCACCUUAUAGUCAGUAAAAUACGGUACAUUAAUUUCUUUAUACAACAAGAGUCGUAGGACAACAAAGUGCUGGGAAUUGCUUCUUGAUUGCUUUAUAAGGCUAGCUCAUUAAAACAGUAGUUUUAAUUGAUAGUAUUUAGGCUUAAAACGCUAAUUUAAAGUAAACAAGAAUUGUGUGCAUGUUGUUGUAGACACUAAAAAAUAUAUUGUGGCAUUCAGUGUACAUCUAUUUUUUACCCUGGAGGUAAAUACUAGCUCUACUAUCCACACAGUCUAGACUUCUUCUACAGAACAAGAGAAGCUAAUGUGAAUCAAUGCAGUAAACACGGAUUUAUUUAGCCACACACUAGUUUACAAACAACUGCGUCACAUUUUAAUUAAGCAGCUUUACUUGGGCUAAAACUUAAAAAUAAUAAAAAUAAUCUCUUAAUUUUUUUUGCUCGCAGUUGUGGUAGUGUAAUAUUUGUAAAUUGCAAAGUAUGCUUUUUAUGAUGUUAAAACCAUAUCAGAGACAUAUGCAGAAAUGUUGUUUUGGUAAAAGCUUGUCAUUUCGUCUUGUUAUUUUAAUCCUGAAAAAUAUUGAAACAUGUUUAAAUAUCUAUGUUUUUUGACUCUGCUAUUUGCAGACUUGAAACACAUUUUACUAGUGUAGGAAAAGAGUUAAACAACAUUACAUAUUAGAAUUUGUAUUAUGUGUUCUUGGGCUCCCCCUACAGUCAGAAACUGAAAUUUGCGCUUUAAAAUUCAAAUAAAAGGCAUACAUUUCUGGACAUUUGAGAUAUAUAGAACCAAGAUAUUAAAUAAAUGCAUGUGGACAAACAUGGUAGAGUAUAUAGAGGAUUUUACACUAAUUUAACUUAAUUUGAGUCAAAAACAUUUUAACAUGUAUAUAUAUUUUUUUGCUUUAAGCUUCACAGUGUUCUUCAAUCAGAGAGCAGAGCACCCCAUCCAUACCCCCGCCCCCCAUCCCCUCAGAAUGUACAUGUCUGUCAGCAUUAGUAAUGUAAUGUAUUGUAAUAUAAAGAAAUGCUGUUUACAGUAUCUCGCUAUGUUGUUUGUCCUAUUAGUUGGACCAUUUCUACUGUGAUUUGUAUAUUUAGUGUUAAACCCUGGAAUGGUUGAGAGCCGUAUUUGUUGCGCUGUAGUUUUAGAAUGUUGUCUUUCUCCUGUUUCACUUGCUGCUGUAAAUAAAAUGCUUUUUGUGA